GCCGUUGUUCAUUCCUUCUCCGGCACAGCGAAAAACGAUGGAGGGCAAAACUACUUUCAUGGACUCAACGGAGUUGAAGGUGAGGGAGUUGUUGAAGGAGGUCCAAGUGGACUACUCACCAGAGUUCUCCAAGAUCGUGGAUGACACCGUCUCAGCCAUUAAAGCAUCCAUCGAUAAAAUCCCCAAUGACUUUAAGGUAACUGCUGAUAUAGCAUCAAACUUUGUUAGGGACAUUGGUGCUGAUAAAGUAGAGUUCAAGUUUAAGAAGCCAGCGUUUAUUAAGAUUGGGGGAAGCUACUCUAUACAGAGCCUUGCGAGGCCUGAAGUAAAUGUAGAUCUUAUUAUCAGGUUACCAAAGGAGUGCUUCCAUGAGAAGGAUUAUUUGAAUUAUAGAUACCAUGCCAAGAGGUGCCUUUAUCUAUGCUUGAUGAAAAAGUACUUGGAGUCCUCUCCAUCUAUUGGCAGGGUUGAAUGGUCUACCUUACAGAAUGAAGCCCGAAAACCCUUGCUGAUUGUGUAUCCAGCUGCAAAGCUUGUUGAAGUUCCCGGUGUUUUUGUAAGAAUUAUUCCUUCAGCUAUGUCUCUAUUUAGCAUAUCAAAGUUGAGCCUGAAGCGUAACAACAUUCAUAAUUUGAAUCAUGGGACUGCUCUGCUGGCUACGCCAAAGUACAAUUCUAGUAUUCUGGAAGACAUGUUUAUAGAGGAUACAGAAUUCAUCAAUAAAUUUUUUCUGGGUUGGAAGGAACUAAGAGAGGCUUUAAUCCUGCUUAAGGUUUGGGCUCGACAGAGAUGUUCGAUAUACGUCCAUGAUUGCCUGAAUGGGUUUUUGAUUUCCGUCAUACUGGCAUAUCUUGCUUCUAAGCAACAAGUUAACAAUUCAAUGAAGGCAAUUGAAAUAAUUCGGGUUACCUUGAACUUCAUUGCCACUUCAGAGUCAUGGAGCCGAGGGCUUUACUUUCCAAAAGAAGGCAAGAGCAAUAUUACAAAAGAGGAAAGGAUGCAACUUAAAGAGUCAUUUCCAGUUGUCAUAUGCAAUCCAUCUGGAGGAUUCAAUUUGGCUUUCCGAAUGUCUAGGAUUGGUAUUACUCAGCUUCAAGAUGAGGCUGCUUUGACACUUAAGUGCCUGGAAAAGUGUAGAGAUGGUGGAUUUGAGGAAGUAUUUAUGACUAAGAUUGACUAUGCUGUUAAAUAUGACUAUUGUAUGAGAGUAAAUUUGAAGGGAAAGAAAGAGGUAUAUGCAUCGGGAUUUUGUUUGGACAACGAGUGCUGGAGAUCGUAUGAGGAAAAAAUACAUGGUAUUUUAGCUAAAGGGUUGGAUGACAGAGCAAAAUUGAUUCAAGUUGCAUGGAGAAACACACAAUGCCCGUGGAGCGUGGAUGAUGGCUUAUCGGUACUGGAUAAAGAGCCCUUGUUCGUUGGAAUUUCAGUGAGUACUUUGGAGAAAGCAUUUAGGAUAGUUGAUAUUGGUCCAAAUGCUGAAAGUAAAGAAGAGGCUCUUGAAUUUCGAAAGUUUUGGGGAGAAAAAGCAGAGCUUAGAAGAUUUAAAGAUGGUAGAAUCGCAGAAAGCACAGUGUGGGAAAGUGAGCAAUGGGCAAGGCAUCUUGUUUUAAAAAGAAUAGCUGAGCAUGUUCUAAGUCAGCAUCUUUCUCUAUCAAAGGAAAAUAUUGUAGUUGUUGUGGAUCAACUUGAUUUCUCUUUGAUUCAUGGUGCUGGAGAUCCUGUAUCGUUCUCUGGAAGUUUGCUGGGGGCAUUUGAUGUUUUAUCAAAGCGCUUGCGUCUUAUUGAAGACCUCCCUCUGAAGGUGUCUAGUGUACAGCCUUUAGACUCUGCCUUCAGGUUAACGUCAGUCUUCCCUCCUGAGCCUCAUCUUCUUGCUAAUGAAAAAAUUGAAUCUCUCAGACUGAAUAAGUUAGUUCCAUCAUGCAUCCAACCACUGGAAGUUAUGAUUCAGCUGGAAGGUUCUGGGAACUGGCCAAUGGAUGAAGUUGCUAUUGAAAAAACAAAAUCGAGUUUCCUCAUUCAAAUUGGAGAGAGUCUUCAAAAGAUGUGGGGGAUGACGUGUACAGCUACUGAGGAUGAUGUGGAUGUGUUAAUGUCUGGAUAUGCAUUUCGUCUUAAAAUUUUACAUGAGAGGGGCCUUAAUUUGCUCAGCAUGGAAAUUGGAAAUGACCAAGCAAAGCGGGUUCCUUCUGCUGACAAAAAACUUUUUAUUCAUAGUCAGCAUGCUAACAUGAUCAAUGGCUUACAAAGUCGUUACCCAAUAUAUGGAGCAGUAGUUAGACUUGCAAAACGUUGGGCUGCUUCACAUCUAUUUUCAGCUUGCUUGGUAGAGGAGGCUGUUGAACUAUUGGUUGCAUAUCUCUUUCUUAAUCCUUUGCCAUAUGAUGCUCCUUGCUCGCGGAUCACUGGGUUUUUAAGGUUCCUGAGGUUACUCUCAAACUAUGAUUGGACUUUCUCUCCUCUUGUUGUUGACAUAAAUAAUGACUUGAGCCAAAGUGAUGAAAAAGAAAUAAAUGAUAACUUUUUGCUAAGAAGAAAAGGUCAGGGAGAGAAUGGACAAAGUGUAGGGCCAAUGAUGUUCUUAGUUACAGUUUAUGAUAAAGCUUCUGAGACUUGGACUGGAUUAUCACCUAAUGCGCUGGAACUUAAAAGGUUAGUUGCUUAUGCCCGAAGCAGUGCAAAUUUGCUGACGAAGCUCACAUUUCAGGAUGAGAUUGAUUCAUAUAGAUGGGAGUGCCUUUUUCGAACUCCUUUAACAAAUUAUGAUGCAAUAAUUCUUCUCCAUAAGGACAAACUCCCGUAUCCCCAUAGACUUCUCUUCACAUCAGAAGUUGAUCACGGUACACAUGUUGCUAGAGGACAUGCUAGCAAGUGUUUCCAACCCUUUCUGUUGCCUAGAGAUUUGAAGGGAAAAUCAGAGGAACUUAAAAAUAAGUUGCUGGUAGACUUUGAUCCUUCAAGGUUCUUUAUCAGAGAUUUAGAGGCAAAGUUCUCCGCCACAUUCAAGGUAUGGCAUGAUUCUCUGGGAGGUGAUGUUAUUGGCCUAACGUGGGGGGAGUCAUUUUCUUCCAAGAAGCGGAAGCAAGAGGAAGUCGUUGAGGAAGGAAACCCUUGCAAGGUGUUAAAAGCAGUAGGUGAAGUUGGGAAAGGGUUUGUAAGGAGUAUAUACUUUCUCAAGCCCCCAAGGGCCACGAAUUAACGUUUUGGUUAUCAAUAUGUAUAAUGAGAGAAUUUUGUCCCAGUCAGUAGCUAAUUUGAUCAAUUAGAAAAUUAACUUUAAUUAGCGUGGAGGAAACAGUUGAAUGUAGGAUGGAUGCGGUAGAGCACAAUAUAUUCUUCUCUCUUCCCACCUCCACAGCUCGGCAGCCCAAAAAGGAUGAAGAAAAAAGAGUUUCUGAUUCUUAUUGGUAAAGAAACUGAUGUAAUAUAACAUAAUAUAUGUAUAAUAUUUUUUAAUUGAAUGCCUUGACUCCCUUGAUGCGUACAAGGCGACAGAGAUUUCUGCCUGGG